CAUUGUAGUGGAUGAUGUGGACGCAGGUGAGGAGCCUGAACCUGAACCUGAGGUGAACACAACAGAAACUCUGCCAGCAUCCACAACAGACAACUCUACUGGAGCCAACAAGGAGGAGUCGGAUGCUCGCAUAAAACAAAUCCAGGUGGAGGCAGAAAGCCGUAAGAAUGAAUUUGCCAAACUCCUGGAAGAGCAUGCACAAGUAAUAAAAGAACUCAAACAGAUGGAAGAUGACCCACCUUCUGGAGCUGUUGCAGGACCUACAGAAGCAUGAUUAUGUCAGAUAAAUGGUCCUUUACAACCAAAGAACUUCACACCAUGUAUCUUGGAAGGAGCAGAUAACGAAGGAUCAACUGGUGCUAUCCGGAUUAAAAGAAUCAUCAGUUUGCCAAAAGGACAACAGUGUGUGUAGUUCUAUGGAAGAAGUUGCUCAUUACAUUCAAAAGACUGUUUCAGCCCACUUUCAGCAACUGAUUUCUGAUAUGAACUUUGUACUCAGAUACCAUUAGUAUUCAAGUGUAAGUGGGAGGGCAUUGGUGUGGGUAUAUAUAGAAUAUUUUGUGGUACAAAUGUCUUCAUUUAUUCUGGUCCAGGUAUAACAUUUUCCACACAGACUGACAGGGAACAUUCAAACUGGCAGCAAUAAGAUACUACACCAUAUUAGCCUCUUGCACUGGACUAUCAAGUCUGACUAUUGAGGCUAAAUGAUUUGAUUCUGGGAAACAUUGAGGUAAAAUUGUGAUCAUCACAUACCACAGCCUUUACAUUUCAAGAUGUCACCAAUACAUGGCUUUGGAACAUUAACAUCUGGAUUUUAAGAAAACUGCCUUGUGGAUUCCACAUGUUUUAGUUAAUAAACACAAAUAUUAACAAA